AUGGCAAAUGGCGGCUCGGUGGGCACACCAACGCCUCAAUUUCCCACACAUAAUGCUCCUCGAGUGUGGCUCCUGACCUCAGGAGACUCUCCAAUCGGUAUAUCGAUUGCUCGCCAGGUGCUUGACCACGGCGACUAUGUUGUGUCUGGCAUCAUCCAGGCAGAAUUCGAGAACGAUGGUGGUCGGAGCCAAGAGUUCAAGAGAUUCCUGUCUCAAGUUGGACGAAUACCUGGAAUGAAGGAGCGGCUGAAGGUUGUCGCCCUGGAUAUUAGGGUUGUGGGACAAUGUCAGGCAGCUGUCGCAGAGGCCGUGCAUACGUUUCGAAAAAUCGACAUCCUCUUGUGCUGUACUAGUGAAGCAGUAAUCGGGACUGUCGAAGAACUUGCCGCCAGUCCCCGGACUAUGACCCUCGUGCGAGAUCAGUUCGAGAAGAAUUUCUUUGGCCCCAUGAACAUCAUCAAAGCCGUCAUCCCACAGAUGCGCUCACAAAUGAAUGGUCACAUCAUUGCCCUUACCGGCAUUACAGGUCAUCUCGGAACACCCGGAUUGAGCAUGUAUUGUGCGUCCGGGUGGGCGUUGGAAGGCUUUUGUGAUAGCAUCGCCUAUGAGAUUGCGCCUUUCAACAUCAAAUUGACCAUUGUCCAAGCCAGCGUCGAGAUUGGAAUCUUGACCAACAAGAUAACUUCCGCACCGCCCAUGAAGGCAUAUACCCGGGAAUAUGGUCACACGGCUCCCAUAUUUCGAGGGAUUCUGGAUGGCUUAUUGAAUCGCCUCCCUGGUAUUCGUGCCCAAUAUCCCCCACCGCCAGAAACAGAAAUCCAGUCGCCCUCGUCAGAAGCGGAGAGACAGAGCGGCCCCUUCCUCCUCAGCCGCAACGAGGUUGUCAGUUUGUAUCCACCUCUAAGUCAUGCACAUACGGAAAAACUGAUUGCAGAGACCGUCCAUGCGUUGACGGCCAUUGGUGGUCAUGAAAACCCGCCUGCCCGCCACAUUGUUGGGAUAGAAGGAGUCGCUAGCGUGAAGGAGAAAUUGAAGACGGUCAGCGAGGAACUGGAGGAAUUCGUCGACACCAGUGCAUCAGCUGAUAUCACCGCCCGACCAGGGGCUGGUGGGCCCGGGCGUGCUGCAAGUAUCGUCGACGUGGACAUCAAGGAUCUUGAGAGUGACAUAUUUGAUGCUUCAUUGGGAUUGAGAUAG